UGUAUGUUCGUCCAGUGUUUAAACAUGAUUGCUUAGGAACUUGUUUAGAUUCCCCAAAGGAAUGCAUGGAACAAACAAAAUCAGAAAAGAGUAUAUCCGUUCAUACAUCUCUCCGGGGAUACUUAACUGAAAAAAUGAGGCAAGCGACGAACAGGCUCCAUGCCAAACAUUAACAAGGAGUCAAAUAAAGCGAGAGCAUGCACCAUGGCGUUGCAAAACAGUGGUUUCCGCUUAAUUGAAAUACAGUGUACCAAACAUUUUCAGAAAAUUAACUCAAGGCUAAUUGGUUGAACGCGCUCUGCCAUAAGUUAUAUAAACAUGUAUUCAGGGUUAUCUCAGCACGCCAUCUCGCUCUUUAACACCUCUGUUUGCCACAGCAUUAUUAUAGUAAUACACACACAUACCUAUUUUAAAAUAGAUAUAGCUCAGCUAGUGUACAAUUUCCUCUUCUAUUUCAAGAAAUUGCAUUAUCUGUUAGUGAUUUUCAUAGAUUGCAAUUACGUCACCUCACCUUGACAUGGUGGAGCGCCUGAACCAACUAAAUCAUUUAACUGGCCUCCCCUACCUUGUAAAGUUCAUAUAAAAGAAUUGUGAGAUGUACAAGUUUGGCCGCCAACGUUUACAGGAGAUAUCUGUUUAAAUUGUUCAGGUGUAAGAGAAUAGCUGAAACGUGGGCAACGCUCUUAAAGCAACCUUAUGGAAUAUCAGCUGUUUUUACAGAGCCAAUACUUCCAACCUGCUGACCUUGGUACUGUAAAUAUGAGUGCAGUGCAGCUAUGAUCAUCAGAGGCUGCCUAAAACAAGCCUGUGAAGAGGGACAUCACAACUUUAUAUGACAUUGAAUUCAAUCGUAAUUUGUUUGAAAACAAGAUGUCGUGUAUACUCGGAUCAUAGAAGAAAAAAUAAAUAGUAUUCAUGAGAGAACGUAUUUAAAAUUGUUUUGCCAGCCAGUAAACAUAUCAAACGAGGCAUGGGACACCCUUGUGGUUUAAGAGUCUGUAACAUAAAAAGAGAAAAGGCUUGGCACCUGCAUGCUUGGAGGAAAGAAAACAACAUUUUACCAUCUUAAUAAGAUGUUUAAUAGUAACUUUAAAAAGCGCAUAAAAUCGUAAUACAGAAGUUGAUGUUUUGUUUUGUCAGAAAUGGACCAAGUGGGUGGUACCUUCUGUGGUGAGAGUCAGCGAGAACACGUGAUCAUACAAUGACCAAUCAGGUGCAUCUCCAGGUUCAAGUAUGUUAAAUGUCAGAUUGCAAUAAACUAGAAGCUGUUGGUCGGGCCCGCGGAAAUGGGCGAGCAUAAUCUCCUUAAUCCCGGGUUUGUGGGACCUUUGGUAAACAUCCACACUGGAGAUACAUUUUACUUUCCAAAUUUUAGAGCAUCUGGUGGACAACUGGCGGGGCUGCCGUCUCUCUCCUACCCAAGGCGGGACAAUGUUUGCUCCUUGCCGUGGAACCCAUCGGAGCCGUGCAAUGGAUACCCUCAAUCAUAUUUCAACAGUCCCGUAUCCAUUAACCCUUCAUUCAACCGUUCAUGUGAACUAAUCCGACCGGAGGAAGGCAAGUGCUAUUAUAACAGUGGCAAUGUAAACAGAGAGAGUUGUUCUGAUGGCAAUAGUCUUAAACGGGAGGAGAGAGCAAGAGACAAUACUGUGUCUGCUGAGCAUGUGCUUCACAAUGGAAUGACCAAUAGUGGUACCUACUCAAAGUAUGACUACGGGACAGAACAGAUCAGUCAAGAUCCGCCGUCUUGUCAGUCUUUGGAGUCCGAUUCCAGCAACUCGCUGCUCAACGAGGGAGGCAAGACCUCGAUCAGCGACCCCCAGACCCUGGUAUCGCCGGGAAGUCACACAAACAUAGCCUCUGGCGGAGGUGCGCCGUGGUACCCAAUGCACACUCGUACCCGCAAGAAAAGAAAGCCAUACUCCAAGCUCCAACUGGCGGAACUGGAGGGCGAGUUCAUGAUGAACGAGUUCAUUACCAGGCAGCGGCGGAGGGAGUUGUCAGACAGGCUCAACCUCAGCGACCAGCAGGUCAAAAUCUGGUUCCAAAACAGGAGGAUGAAGAAGAAAAGACUCUUGCUGCGGGAGCAGGCGCUGGCUUUCUUUUAGAAAGAGUCGUGAUGCGAAUAAUAGUAUUCCUGUAGAAAUUCUGCAGCAGCCCCCCCCCCAACCUAUUGAGGUUUACUGCCGCCUCUGGCUUUCACCAGAAACAUGCACAUUUGCCCCACACAGUCAAAGCUCAGUAAGUGUAAAUGUAAAUGUUAGACAUCAUACAGCACCAACAACGACAGACGAAGAGCCAGGAAUAAACAAGUGAGAAUGCGAUCCCGUAUGAGUGUGGUGUAUGUAUAUUUAGGUGGCGUCUGUAGAUGUGCUGUUGAAUGUCCAAUAAGAGGAUAAUUCCCUGUGUUUCUGGACUUUACUCAUUCGAGUCUGUUACAUUCACUAUACAGUGAAGUUAGAAUACAAAGGAUAGCAGACUGCUCUAGUAGGCCUACAUGUUUUAAAAGUAUUAAUAUAGCGACGGGGUGGUGGUGGCAGAUAAAUGCUGUUUACUUAGCUGAAGAGGCAUGUGUUGUCAUCAGAACCCCGUGUAAUAUCCGGCUUAUUCUGCCACGGAGGAAACUAAGUAGUGUAGACAGGCUCGAUGCAGAGGGAAAGGGAAUCUGAAAAACACCAGAGGCACAGUUCCAAACAAAAGCAUUGCGUCUGCAGUGUCUCACAUGCUUCCAUAUCCUACUUUGCCAACUUUUCGGGUACGUCACACGGUGCUUUAUGGAAAGAAUCUCAACCCAAAAUGGUCAGUAGUCUAUUGCCUAUGACUGAGCCAAACUCAAUUGCGUUUCCGUCUGUGUUUAGUUUGUACCAUGUGUGCCAUGGCGCACGUUCAUGGUCACGGAUACAAAGGUUGGUCCCAGAGCUGUACAUUGAAUGGUGGUGAAGGUGCUCCUCCUUAGCAAUUUUCACUCCAACAUUCUGUGAACAGGCACAUUUAUUUUGGCUAUAUGGUGCCAAUUGCCAGAACACGUUUUCUUUCUUUCCUGUUCCACGACAUUGCAUGUGUCAUACAGCUUGCAAGUUCCGAUGGUCAAGGGCAGUGUAAUUUAUAAUGUUGCGCGCACCCAGCUUCCCGCUGCUAUUCGUUAGGCCCCGUUGAUACUUGGGGCUUUUGUAGAAUUGACCGUAGACGAACUUGAAAUCCGUACAACUCUCCUGUGCUGUAAAGUUUAAGGAGACGCACAGCCCCCCUGUACGUUCCCCUCGCUCGUUUUAAGCUUAUAAACACAGGACCGGUCCAAAUGUGGAAACAUCAUGGGUUCAAGCCAUUCACCGGAUUUAAUUUUAAGUGGAUGAAGCUAAAAAGCAUACAGUUCUGUACAUUCCCAACAAAGGGAGGUCUAAUUGUUGUAUACAGAAAUGUAAUUUAUUGUUAUUAUGAAUGAAAUAUCCCCGAAAUAUAUGUGGUGCAUGCAGUCUGAUCAUUUAAUAUGUAGGCUAUAUUGUCUCCCUUUUUGAUAACUCUGAGCUCGAGUUUUUGAAGACACUUUACCUCAAAUGGUGUUUCGAUUUUGUCAUAUUUAAAGCGAGAAAUACCUGUUAAAAGUCUACUUUCUGAAUAGCCACGUAGUAUUUAUUAUUAUUAUUAUUAUUAUUAUUAUUAUUAUUAUUAUUAUUAUAAGGAUACUAUUAUUAUUCUUUACAUGGUAUCAUUUAACUGGUUGAUGCUGCUUAAGCCUUUUUUUCCCUUCCGCCCAUGUGAACGGCAUGUUUUAAACGUUAGGCCUACUCUCCAUAGCUAUAGAUUUGGGUAAAGUGUGAACUUCAUACUGCUAAUCGAAAAUGUGUAUAUUCUCACAGAAUAACUUGGAAGUGUUUGUUAUGUCGUAUAUAUAAUUCGAUUGGGUUCCUCCCUGUUGUAUGUCGCAUCAGUAUUGCAUUCCCAUUCUAUCUCCUUGUCUUGUAUAAAAUGUUACGAGUACACGAAUGUAUCCAUGUGUAUUGUUUAUGGAAAAAUAAAGUCUAUGAACAUUGUAAUCUAGCCGAUCUGCAAGCCAUAUUGAAAGGCACCACAAUCGCCUACUGUUUAAAAAUAUAACACAAUUGCGGUUUGAUACCUUACCUCUAAACGCGUGCUUUGCGACAUUUAAAGAUCUGAAUAUGGAUGCUGUACUAUCCCAGCUUUACAUAAAAGGACCCCGUCUACAGUGACAAUGGUGCAGUGAAAGAUUUGGGAGUAAAAUGUUGGGGUUUUGUGUGUGCUUUUUGGUGUGCCGUAACUGCACAUCCCAUCUUACCAAAUGGUGCUGUGUUGAUGUCAAUGACACGGAAGAGGGUGCCAACAUUGCUUUCCAGUUGUACAAAUGCACAAUUGGCCUACAUGUGGAAACCGGAAUCACGAACGAAAUCUUGGACGGCCACACCUUUCAUACACACCGCUAACUCUAGAUUGUAUAUUGUUUUUGUUUUUGUUUGUUAAACUUAUGUAAGAAUAUGAUUUCACAUUUACAUCUGGUCUUUUCUCACGCGCAAAUGUAGGUGGUGAUCAGAUGAUGUUCCCUAACAAAUAAGGUGAGCACUCAGUAGAAUGCGACUUCGUUCUUUCUUCUUCUUCUUCUUCUUCUUCUUCUUCUUCUUCUUCUUCUUCUUCUUCUUCUUCUUCUUCUUCUUCUUCUUCUUUUGUAACCUUGAAUAGUAGUUACAAAACCAAACACUUGUUUUGUGAUAUUAAGCUAUUCAGUAUCACAGAUGACGGAAACAUAGACCUGCCCUGGACUUCUACUGACUAAAAUCACGAGGCAGACAGAAAAUGCUAAUAAGAAAUGGGCGUUAAGUGUCAAUAUUGCACUGAUCGAUAUGAUGUCAAUGAGACAUUAGUUCAUUCUUCAUUGUUUUUUUUUAAUGGAUCAACUUGGUGUGAAGUUGCGUAGUUUCUGAAAGGAAACCAUUGUGCUGAUUUGCUUAGUGGGAUUUACAACACAUGAAUAUUCAUUUAUUAAAUGCUUAUUCCGACAAAAAAAACAAAUGCUGCCUUUCCGUGUAGCGUAGCUUAUAUGCCCUUAAAAACACUGCCUUUAUUGCUCCAUUCCGGAUCUUAAAAAGCCCGACUGUAUGGCUGUCCAUUUGGGUGCUCUGCAUCGCUUUUGACUUUGAGACUAUAGCCUCGUCGGUUUAUGGUGUCUCCUGUGUGCGGAGCAGAGGUCAUUGAGCGCCACCGUGGCCUUCACACAGAACUUGUGUCAUGUGGUCUGGUGGGCCCCACACACCACUCCCUCGUCACUGUCUCUUGGCCACAAACAAGGAAAGGACGUGUUUUGCCCUGCUUAGCCGAAAUAUGCACACGAAGACAUUGUGCUUAUUACUUGCAUUUCUAGGCACACAUCAGUGCGCACCCUAAUGUGUCGGAGUGGAUGCCUACCACGUGUUUGUAAUUCUGGGUUGUGUAACUUUGCGGCAACCAUCAAAAAUACAACUGCGUCAGCGUCCUACGCCAUGUCUAUAUUAAAAUAUUUAGGCAUGGUGGCAUUCAUGUUGUAAAUUCGGAUGCCAAGCAUGUCUCCAUGUUCUGUUCCCCUUCUGAAGUACAAUGGCGGACAAGCGGUUGUGCGUAAUCGAUAAAUGGAUGUCUUGCCAAAUUAGUUUAAUGUGUAUAGUUUUACCAUUCAUCUCUUUUUUUGCAGUGCAACGUUUCAUUUAUUGAGCUGGCAGGAAUUCACAUGUGGGAUAUAUUUACAAAUGGAACAGUCCUUUAAAACGUCAGCAUCGCAGUAGAAGCUUUACGCAUUUGAAAUCAAAUAACUGCACACUUAUCUCCACCUCGUGGUGGUAAAAUGAUUCCCCGUUUUUCUUGGCCAUUACUUAGAUGGAAUUUAUGGAUAAUGAAAAUGGCUUUAUGGUCAUUUGGGGUGAUGCAACUAUGAUGCUUAACUUGAUUCUCACUGGUUACAUCAGUAUGCUUAAUUAUUGUGGAGAGGCCAUCGCAGCUUCAAAAUAUUGCAAUAUGCGGUAGAUUGGCGUAAAUAUUCGCAUAGUGCGCAUAUAGGCUAGCGGUGUAAUGAUACGAUAGCCUUUUUCUCAAUACACAUUGGUGGAAGUCAUGAAAAAUGUUUGGCUAAAUCAUCAUACUUUGACUUGGUGCAGUGCGCGUUGCAGUCUGUUAUGCUAUCUUUGAGGGCAUAACAUGGCCAUCUUGAGGCUGUGUGUACCGCCUUACAUAGGCCCCACCCAAGCGUCCAGAUAUCUCUGCGGAGGCGGGAGUAGCAUACAAAUUGAAGGUCAAGUUAGUGUGCGCCUUAUAUGGAUUACUAGUGUCCUGUGCGCAAAGGUAGUCAGCAUGGCAUCCUCAACAGGAAAGCAAGAAAUCCAAGCGUUGCGCCGACAUCUCCAGAAACCUGAAAUAUUUCAUUAAAAUGUCCAAAUAUACUUGAGUCCUGCGAGAUUUGUUUAUGAGCCACCGGAUGUUUUCAUUUGAAUAAAACCUGCCAUUGUGCUGCGCGCUGUCGUAAGACUGCAAUUGUGCGUAGGCCCGUAUCCCCACGGCCCUUUUCCGCAACAUAAUUAGCUUGAAGUCAAAGAAAAAUGAUGGACGAUUUUUGCUGUCAGGUAUUUAGCGAUUUCAUUGUUUUGUCUUCAACUGCUGACACAUUUGAGUAGUGGACAAAUACAAUAUAGUUUCUUAAAGGUGGUUGAAGUCCUUGAUAGUCGCGUUUGGUCAAAACCCAUUCUGUAGCCAACAACCGGAUCACAGACUUUUGUGGAGAGGCGACUUGUUUUCGCCACGUUUAAUAUGUGUAUGUUUAGGGAAAAUGCAUCGUGUAUUUUACUGAAGGAAGCAAAAUUCGUCCCAUAGACUUAUUUUUGUUAUUCUUCAGCAACAAUGUGCAGUGUCUGCAUACCCAAAUAUUACCAAGACUGAAAUGCGCUGAUGCGUAAAUGUAAGAAUGAAACUUCGACGCCAUAAUCAUUUUAUUUCACAUAGGGUCUCCUUCAUCAACAUUUAAAGCAUUCUAGGUUUACAUUUGGUACCAGUGCAAUGAAUGAAUAGACACUUUGCACAGCGCGUAGCUCCUUUGGGGUGGAGGCUGUCCUUUGCAAGAAGCACAAAUAUUAUCUGAAGCAGCUUGAGAAACGACCAUUGUACAGACCGGAGACUGUGCUGCUCAACUUGACCGUAUCUCCCCUUGAUAAAUUUUGCUUGACAGCAAUGAAUACGAAUAAAAGCUUUCCACCAUAUACAUGUGCUAUUUUUUCAUUAUACAUUCUAAAGGUCGCGUUGGAAAUAGUGCUUGAAUUCUGAAGAAAGCGUGUGUUGAUGUAUGUAACAGCGCCUCAAUUUAAGAAAUGUGUAUAUUGUUUGCCAUAGGGUGGAUUUUGUUGACGCACACUAGAAAAUCAUCAGGGGCCUUGUGUAAGAUAUAA